AUGACAGAGAAUUCGGCCGCCAAUAAGACUAGCGAAAUGGCCAAGAGAAUGUUUAGUUCGGCGAGGAAGAGGAAACUUGAAGAGACGACCGAAAAAGAAAUAAAUCAGAAAGCUGGGACCAGUGAUAGUAACGAUAACAGUGCUGAUGCAAAGACCACAGAAAGAGAUGAGCUUCUACGGCAGAAAGCCAAACAAGCAUUGCUAAGAGAAUCUGCCAGAGGGAAGCAACGAGCUGAACGGAUGGGUUCGGAAGGAUGGUAGGCAAUUCAAAAACUGCUGAUUCUUUUAGACUUUUUCAGGAUUCGGCCGACCUCGCUCAACACAAACAAGAUAUUCCUCAACAGGAUGGUACAAUCUACAUUAUCGAAGUCCUUGCAAAGACCUCAGCCUUCGACGAAACAUACCGAUAAAUCUCACAACGACCUCAAUAAAUCCACCAAAUCAUAA